GUUGAUAUUGUCCACCAAUCAGAUAGCCUCCGUUUAGUUAUUUCUACCUGUUCAAAGUCUAUUCUACUUUCACUGUCUUUAAAACCCAAGGCUUUGAAUAGUUCCCCGUUAGAUUCAACUGCAGGGUGAAGUUGUUUACAAGCAAGUAUCAGGUGUUCCGCCGUUUCCUCCUCCUCUCUACACGUCUCGCAUACCAAAUCUAUCUCCUGGUAUCUGGCUCGCUGCAGAAAGCGGUAUUUCAGGAAGGGCAGUCGCUCAAAAUGGCGAUGCGGCAGGCGUCGGUGUUUUGCCGUUGCUGAUGCCAUGGAGAGAGAAGAGAAGGCCUUGGAUGUGGCCCUCGAUGCCAUGAUUAGCCGAACCCAGGAUUUGAAGAAUUCAAUUGCAGGCUUCAUCAUCAAGCUAGAAACCGAGUACGAGACGCUGCAAUGGCCGUCAGUUCUGAACAGCUUCGCCCUGUUGUCCGGACAGCUAAACACCCUCAUGAAAGUGCUGCGAAACGAGAAGACUCCACCACUCAGGAAUAGAAUCCUGCUGCCACUCUUUUUGAACCCUGAGCGAGAUGAAGAGCUAGCUAAGUUGACUGAGAACAGAAUUCAGUUCUUCAAUCAUGAAGUGGUCCCUGACUACCUGCGCACCAAGCCAGAUCCAGAAAUAGAGGCUGCAGAGCUCCAGAUCAACACCAAGGCCAGCCAGAUGUCCAUGGACGCCGCACAGAAACAAAUAGCUUCACUCAACAAAAUUGUGAACACCAUAGAGACACUAUUGAAGACUGCACGUGAAGACUGGGAAAGCACAUCAGGUCAGCGGAGUGCCUUGGCCCAGACAUCUUCGCCAGCGGAUACCAACACCUUGAUCAGUGCUCUGAGCACUGGCAAGGGCCUGCGGCCCAGUCUCGGCUCCCCCAAGAGCCAGUCCCCGUUGCCCACAGCCCAGGCCAGAGGAGCCAAGGCCUUUUCUAUGCACCCAGCCGGAAAAAUGCCAAGUGCCAUCAAGACCAAUAUCAAGUCCGCUGGCGCCUCUCAUCCCUAUGGCCGAUGAUCAAUAAAGCCACCUUCCCCUCUUCUCCCGAAUGUAA